AUUGAAGGGCUCUGUAUGACAAUAUAUAUACCAAUAAUGAUGAAAUUUAUAUUGUAGUAGUUAUUAUCAAUUGUUUCCUCACUUGGGUUGCCGGAAAAUCAAGACUCUGGUGACCGGAGUUUGUUAUUUCGGUAUGGCGAAAGGCCGGAAACUGAUCGCCAGCCGGAGUGAGGUUCUGUUGGGGAGCUACGGGUACGGUGGGAACACGAUUCGAGACGAAGAUGAAGGGGAAGAGCUAGGAGAAGACGAUGUUUGGUCUCUGGUUGACGGUAUGGUCAACCAGAGUGACCAUGAUUGGAGCUCACGUGCCAACGUGGAAAGUAACACGAGACGGGGUUAUCGCAACCCCGUCCCGCGAGGUGAUGGCACCAUCGGCGGGUUAUCAUCCGCGCUUGCGGAUGCGCCUAGCAAGAUGGUGUCAUCACCGAGGAUUGUUCAUCAUUUUGUCACUGGAGACAGCUUUGCGUCUCCACGUGGACGACACGUGGCCACAUCAGCACCGGUAAAUGUGCCUGACUGGUCAAAGAUCUACCGAGUUGACUCGGUUGAGUCGAUGCAUGACUCGGAUGAUGUAACGGACGGUCAAGAUUUGGAUAUGGUCCCACCCCAUGAGUAUCUAGCCCGUAGCCGCGACUCGGCUGCCAAUUCGGUUUUUGUCGGUUCGGGUCGAACCCUUAAGGGACGAGACCUGAGUCGAGUCCGGGACGCGGUUUGGAGCCACACCGGGUUCAAUGGUUAGGCUAAAAAAGGCCAGAUUCUGAUCAAAUUAGUUGUCCCAGUUGUUUGAGAUCGAAAAUUGUUUAGUACAUGUGUAAUUUGAUUGAUUUUUAUUGGGCAAUGACUCGGUCAUGUUGAACUCGAACUCAGUGAGCCAACUCAGUAGCCAUGGAGCUCAAGCAUGGGUCCCACUAGGACACUAUUUCAUGUAGCUAUUAUAUCUUGUUGUAUUCUUAUCUCUAUUAUUGUACCUAAGUUAAUUCAAGCAAAUUAGUUGAAUAAUUUUGUUCUUAUA